AUGCCCAAGAUUACGUUGAGAGGACAGGAUAAAAGAAGACGUAUAAAGAAUAAGACCAGGAGAGAACUGGAAAGUAUUAGCAUUAGAAAGAGAAGAUUAGAGGCAAUUGUGUUGGACUGUCAGGUCUUGAAGGCCGAGUACCGCAUAGAAGAAGAAAAAUGUGGACAUUCCAAUUUUUAA